CAGACUGUCUCCUUCAGUAGUGAGGGGACAGAAAGGCUUUCUCUCUGUCGGGAUUAGUUAUCGUUUUAGGGCUGAAUUUGUAAGAUGGCGUUGAGGAUUGUGCGGCUGUUUGGACCCGCGGGUUCUGCUGUAUUUAAAACAGGAGCGCUCUCUCACACGGCUGGGAUCCACACAUGCACAGUCAGAAAUCUGCGAUAUGGAUGGUGGGCAUACGCUCUGGGGGAGAGAACAUCUCCCAGACUGAAGGAGAGCAGCAAGAUUUUCUGUAUAGAUGGUAACCUGGCAUCUGGAAAAGGAGCACUUGCACAGAAACUGGCAGACAGACUUGGGAUGCUCUACAUGCCCGAGCCUGACGUGCACUACCUGGACAAAAUGACCGAUGAGAAACAACUCCUGGAUUCAGCUUUCAAUGGCAACUGCAGCCUUGAGAAGUUCUACAAGGAUCCCAAAGCCAACGAUGGCAACUCGUACCGUCUGCAGUCCUGGAUGUACCUGAUGAGACUGCUGCAGUACUCCAACGCCAUCGAGCAUCUGCUCACCACAGGCCAGGGAGUCAUCCUGGAACGCUCUCCAUUCAGCGAUGUGGUGUUUGUGGAGGCCAUGCAUAAUCAAGGCUACAUCAGAAAGCAGUGUGUGGAUCACUACAAUGAGAUCAAGAACAUCAGUCUCUGUGAGUUUUGGGCUCCUCAUCUGGUCAUCUAUGUGGACACUCCUGCUGAGGAAGUGCAAAAAAAGCUUAAAGCGUCUGGAAAGCCAUAUCUCCAGAACGUAUCCCUUCCCUACCUUAAGAGCAUUGAGACUGCGUACAAACAGACCUUCCUACCCAAGAUAAGUGAGGAGGCGGAGGUGCUCGCUUAUGAUUCAACUCAAUCUCAGGAUAUUGAGAGGAUUGCGGAGGAUAUCGAGUAUCUGAAGUUUGAAAAGGGCCCGUGGUUGGAGCAGGAUGACGUCACAUACCAUCACAUGAGAAUUCUGGUGGAAGACAAACAGAGGGUGGCCAAUAUGACCUGCAUCCCCAGAUACAUCCCCGAGGUCACCAUCGGCGCUCACGAGUUCGACAAAGGCUACUACUCAUUCAAAUCGCUUCCUGGAAAGAAAUACGCUGAGGGUUACAAUGAAGACGCAGGAGACAAAGGCAUCUGGCUGAAGUGAGAAGCUUACCUGAGAAGACAGUGAGCAGGAGAGAGAAGAUAAAAACAGAUUCUAUAUUCAGCUCAUCAGCUGAUCAACCUCUGUACAUUUAAUAAUAAAUCACCUCUUUAAAAUA